AUGAGUCAGGACGACGACGAUAGUGAUGUCUGUGUUAUCGAACCUGAGGAUUUGGAGCUCGCCAAGGAGAUUGAGAAUGAGCGAAAAGCCAAACGGGCGGCUAUGAUCAAGGCGAAAAAGGAGAAGGAGGGGAUUGCGGAAAUUUCGAGGAAACGAAAACAGGCGACGAAUAGACGAUCGGAUGGCGACGAUUCGCAAAGUGACGACGAUGAUAAGCCGAGGCGAAGGCCGACGAGGAAUCCGACACAAUCGGGUCAGAAGAAGGUGCGAAUUGCUCAAUUAUCGCCGUCGUCGUCAGAAGACGAGAUUAUGCCGAAGAAAGGGACGAGAUCGAGGCGACGACGAUCGGAUAUUAUAUCGGACAGCGAUGCCAGCAUGAAAUCGGACAACGAUGAUGAGAUCGAAGAGCUCGAGGCGGAUGAGGUUGAGCCGAAAUCGAUGAAGAAACGAAUAGGGCAUGCUCGAAUUGAUAGCGAUGAUGAUGAUGAUGAUCGUGUUGCGCCGCGCCGAAAUCCGGAAAGGAGAAAACCGAAAUUCAUUCCAUCGCGCUCGUUCGAGGAGGAGAAGAAGAAGAAGAAGCGCGGGAUACUCGAGGACGAGGAUCUCGCCAAAGAGACGGUCGACGCCGAGAAGGCGGAAAGGGAGAGGAGGAAGCGAUUGGAGCAGAAGCAGAAGGAGUUCAAUGGAAUCGAGCUUGUCGAAGGCGCCGAUUUGACGGAGGCAUUGACCGGACAAUCGUCGCAGAGGAAGCUGAAGAACGUCAUUGUGGAUCCCGACGCGAAAAGCGUGCCGCCCGUACCGGUCGCCGUUCAUCAGAGCCUCGUGCGAAUAUUGAAGCCGCAUCAGGCGCACGGCAUCCAAUUCAUGUAUGAUUGCGCGAUCGAAUCGAUCGAGCGCCUCGACACGGGCGGAAGCGGCGGCAUUCUGGCGCAUUGUAUGGGUCUCGGCAAAACGCUUCAAGUCAUCACGUUUCUGCACACGGUGAUGAUGCACCCGAAAACCGGCGAGCACAUCAAACGCGUGCUCGUCGUUGUGCCCAAAAAUGUCAUCAUCAAUUGGUACAAGGAGUUCCAGAAGUGGCUGUACGAGAAUGACGAGGACCUCGACACACUUGAGAUUGCCGAACUCGAUUCGUGCAAGACGAUUGAAGAACGCAAAUAUGCUCUUAAGCAAUGGCACACCUCGAAAAAUCCUAGUGUUAUGAUAAUCGGUUAUGAUCUGUUUCGAAUUUUGACCGCCGAAGAGGAUCCGAAGAAGAAGAAGCCGGCGAAGAGUAAAAGCAAAGUGGCGAGAAAAUUGGCGAAAGCGCAAGCGGAAUUUCGGCAAUACCUUCAGAAUCCCGGGCCCGAUCUUGUUGUGUGCGAUGAAGCGCACAAGCUGAAGAACGACGAGUCGGCGUUGUCGCGAACGAUGGUCAAAAUUCGAACGAUGCGUCGAAUCUGUCUCACCGGCACGCCGCUUCAGAACAAUCUCAUGGAGUACCAUUGUAUGGUGAAUUUCGUCAAGCCGGGCCUUCUCGGAACGAAAGCCGAAUUUGCGAAUCGUUUUGUAAAUAUUAUUAAUCGUGGCAGGACCAAAGAUGCAACACUGGCCGAGGUCAAAUUUAUGAAGCGACGAUGUCAUGUGUUGUAUGAGCACUUGAAAAAAUGCGUUGAUCGCAAAGAUUAUCGAGUGCUGACCGAGGCGAUACCUCCCAAGCAGGAAUACGUGUUGAAUGUUCGUCUCACCGAGCGACAAAUCAAAUUAUAUAGGCUUUUUCUCGAGACGGUGGUGAAUGGUUGCGGGUUGUCGAAACGCCUUCUUCCCGAUUAUCACGUCCUGUCGCGCAUUUGGACGCAUCCUUAUCUUCUUGUGCUUCAUGAGAAGAAGCUUGAACGCGAUCGGCUACUCAAAGAGGAGCAGGACGAGGAUGAGGCGUUUCUGAACGACGACGAUGAGAGCGAGGAGGAGACGGACGUCACUGACGAUGACACCGAUGAGGAAUUGUUCAUCGCGUCGGAUUCGGACGAUGAGAAGGCGAAGCUGAAGAAGAUGAAGAAGAUGGUGACGACGACGAGGCCGGCGAAGAGCAACGGCGCGGAUCCGGCGGUGCAGAGUCUCAUGCGAUCGUUGAGAGCGUCGAGGCGAUUGGCCGGCGACGCGCCGGAAGAGUUUGAUCGCGAAGACACACCGCCGGAAUAUAGUGGAUGGUUCGCGAUGAGCGGACUCAUCGAGGAAUCGGACAGCGUCAAUUGGAUGUUGAGCAACAAAUUGGCGCUUCUCUGCGAGAUCAUCAAAAAGUGCGAGGCGAUCGGCGACAAACUAUUGGUCUUCUCGCAAUCGCUUGAAUCUCUUGGGCUCAUCCGGCGAAUGCUUGAAUGGAUGGCUGGAACUGGACAAUGGUUUGCCGAUGGUCACGAGGCGCUCAAUGCCGAGGGCGAGACGUGGUCGUGGCUCGAUGGGCUCGAUUAUAUGACGAUUGACGGUUCGGUGCAGUCGGUGAAGCGCGACGCCGUCCAAUCGGCGUUCAACGAUCCGGACAACAUGCGAGCGCGUCUGAUGUUGAUAUCGACGCGCGCCGGAAGUCUCGGCACGAAUAUGGUGUCGGCGAAUCGCGUUGUGAUUUUCGACGCCUGCUGGAAUCCGUCGCACGACACCCAAUCGCUGUUUCGCGUCUAUCGAUUCGGACAAACGAAACCUGUAUAUAUUUAUCGAUUCAUCGCUCAGGGAACUAUGGAGGAGCGCAUUUAUAAGCGACAAGUCACCAAAGAAUCGACGUCGAUGAGAGUCGUCGAUGAGGCUCAGAUUCAACGGCAUUAUGAUGGGCAUGAUUUGGAGGAGCUUUAUCAAUUCACGCCUGUCGAGCUCGACACUGAAAACGAAGUGGUUCCGACGUUCGCGCCGCCGAAAGACCGCCUACUCGCCGAUGUUCUAUUGGAGAAUUGCCAAUCGGUCGUCGAUUAUUUCGAGCACGACACGCUGUUCGCGAAUGUCGAAGACGAGAAGUUGACCGAAGAGGAGAUGCGUGACGCGUGGAACGAUUACGAGAAUGAGAGGCGCGCAGUGUCGACGCAUCGCUACGGAAUUCAUUCGGACGCGAUGCGUAUCGAUGCGAAUCGAUCGAUAACUGAAAGGAAUAGUCUCGGCGUGUUGGCGACGGACGCCGUAUUCCAGGAGUGCAUGAAAAUGCCGCAAAUGGAUCCGCAAAUUGCGCUUCGAAUUGUGUUUUUGAAGCGCGCGCUCGACGAGCUGCUGCCGACGAUACCGCAUGAGAUGCGCGGCGGCAUGAACGAGUUCAGCACGCAUUUCCUGAAAUUGAUUCAUGAAUCGAUUCGAACCCGACAGUUGCCGAGUGCUCUUCUCCAGAAGGCGAUUGACACGUUCCGAACUGUCAUCAAAAUGGUGAAGACGAUCGACUCGUGCCUGCCGUUUCUGAUUCGCCUCCAAGCCGAACAUCCGAGCUUUUUCGAUCCCAACGAUCCGAUUGUUUCCGUUUGA